CGGCUGUGAUAGGCGCGGCGGGAUCACUGGCUCCUGUAGCCCGGCCCGGGGGAGUCGGCUGGAGCCGGCUGCGCUUUGAUAAGGUCCUGGCAACUCAGUAACAACCCGAGCGCCUGGAAAUAAAAAUACCCCCUAAUAGCCUAGGAUUUUGGGGCGGUCCGGCGUUGGAGCUGCCCGUCUUCCCCGCAGAAAACUCUGGUGUAAAAGAGAGGAGGCUCAGAUGAGCCCCUGCUGACUUAAGAGAGAGAGAGAAAGAGAGACCACGCUGAUUGCUGAGAGGAACUGGAGGGAAAAAAAAAAGCCCCAAACUCAGUGAGAACUCCCUCGCCAUGAGUAGCGCUGUGUUGGUGACUCGCCUUCCGGACCCCAGCAGUAGCUUCCGCGAGGAUGCCCCGCGUCCCCCGGUCCCUGGGGAGGAAGGGGAGACCCCGCCGUGCCAGGCUGGCCUGGGCAAGGGCCAGGUCACCAAACCCAUGCCUGUAUCCUCCAAUGCCAGGCGGAACGAGGAUGGGCUGGGAGAGCCGGAGGGGCGGGCUUCCCCGGAUUCUCCUCUGACCAGGUGGACCAAGUCCUUGCACUCCUUGUUGGGUGAUCAAGACGGGGCUUAUCUCUUCCGGACUUUCUUGGAAAGGGAGAAAUGCGUGGAUACCUUAGACUUCUGGUUUGCCUGCAAUGGAUUCAGGCAGAUGAACUUGAAGGAUACCAAAACUCUACGAGUAGCCAAAGCGAUCUACAAAAGGUACAUUGAGAACAACAGCAUUGUCUCCAAGCAGCUGAAACCUGCCACCAAGACCUACAUACGCGAUGGCAUCAAGCAGCAGCAGAUUGAUUCCAUCAUGUUUGACCAGGCGCAGACUGAGAUCCAGUUGGUGAUGGAGGAAAAUGCCUACCAGAUGUUUUUGACUUCUGAUAUUUACCUCGAGUAUGUGAGGAGUGGGGGAGAAAACACAGCAUACAUGAGCAGUGGGGGACUGGGGAGUCUGAAGGUAGUGUGUGGCUAUCUCCCCACCUUGAAUGAAGAAGAGGAGUGGACUUGUGCCGACUUCAAAUGCAAACUCUCGCCCACUGUGGUUGGCUUGUCCAGCAAAACUCUGAGGGUCACAGCGAAUGUGAGAUCCACGGAAACAGUUGAAAAUGGAUACAGGUCCUUCAAGAGGAGCGAUUCCGUUAAUCCGUACCACCUAGGUUCCGGCUAUGUCUUUGCGCCUGCCACCAGUGCCAAUGACAGUGAGAUCUCCAGUGACGCACUAACUGAUGAUUCCAUGUCCAUGACGGACAGUAGCGUAGAUGGAAUCCCUCCAUACCGCGUGGGGAGUAAGAAACAGCUCCAGAGAGAAAUGCAUCGCAGUGUGAAGGCCAAUGGCCAAGUGUCUCUACCUCAUUUCCCGAGAACCCAUCGCCUGCCCAAGGAGAUGACCCCCGUGGAACCCGCCAUCUUUGCGGCUGACCUGAUCUCCAGGCUGGAGAAGCUGAAGCUGGAGCUGGAGAGUCGCCACAGCUUGGAGGAGCGGCUGCAGCAAAUCAGAGAGGAUGAAGAGAAGGAGGGGUCCGAGCUGGCGCUGAGCUCACGGGAGGGGGGCCCCCCACAGCACCCACUUUCCCUCCUGCCCUCCGGCAGCUAUGAGGAAGACCCGCAGACCAUUCUCGAUGACCACCUGUCGAGGGUUCUCAAGACCCCCGGCUGCCAGUCGCCGGGCAUGGGCCGCUACAGCCCCCGCUCCCGCUCCCCCGACCACCACCACCAGCACCACUCCCUCCUCCCGCCCGGGAGCAAGUUGCCCCCUUCAGCAGCCACGCUGGCCGGCUGCCCCCUGCUGGGGGGCAGGGGCUUUGUGGCCAAGCAGACGACAAAGCAUGUCCACCACCACUAUAUCCACCACCACGCUGGGCCUAAGAGCAAGGAGGAGAUCGAGGCGGAGGCAGCACAGAGGGUGCGCUGCCUCUGCCCCGGGGGCCCCGAGUAUUACUGCUAUGCCAGGUGCAAGAGCCACCCCAAGGUGCUGGAGCCGAUGCUGGGGGAGCCGUUUGGCGGCAGCAGAGGCAGUACCUUGCCCAAACGGAGUGGGAAAGGCAUGGAGCCAGGCCUGGCCCUGUCCACCAGGGAAGGAGGGGCCCCAGGUGGGGCUGGGGCACCGCAGCUUCCCCGGGAGGAAGGAGACAGGUCGCAGGAUGUCUGGCAGUGGAUGCUGGAGAGCGAGCGGCAGAGCAAGCCCAAGCCCCAUAGUGCCCAAAGCAUAAAAAAGGCCUACCCUGGGGAGUCUGCCCGUGUAGCUUCUGGUGAGCGAGCCGGCCGGCACCAUCUGUGGGGGGCCAGCAAUGGGCACCCCCGCACCAUCCCCCGGGCCCACCCGUUCACCCAGGACCCUGCCAUGCCUCCCCUGACACCACCCAACACCCUGGCACAGCUGGAGGAGGCCUGCCGCAGGUUGGCUGAGGUGUCAAAGCCCCCAAAGCAGCGGUGCUGUGCAGCCAGUCAGCAGAGGGACAGAAGCCACUCGGCCCCUGGGCAGGCAGGAGCCACACCUUUCUCCACUCCAGCCCUGGCUCCCGAAGAUCACAAAGAGCCAAAGAAACUGGCGGGUGUCUACCCGCUCCAGGCCAGUGAGCUGGUUGUCACUUACUUUUUCUGUGGAGAAGAAAUUCCGUACAGGAGGAUGCUGAAGGCCCAGAGCUUGACCCUGGGCCACUUCAAAGAGCAGCUCAGCAAAAAGGGAAAUUAUCGGUAUUAUUUCAAAAAAGCAAGCGACGAGUUUGCCUGUGGAGCGGUGUUUGAGGAGAUCUGGGAUGACGACACGGUGCUCCCCAUGUAUGAAGGGAGGAUUCUGGGGAAGGUGGAGAGGAUCGAUUGAGCCCUUCGGGUCUGGCUUUGGGGAACUAUCGAAUCCAAGCCCGCCUGACCUGUCUUGGACAUGAGCUACAGUGACAAAACACUUUGAAGGAAAAUUAAACCAAUGAAGAAGACAAAGUCUGGGGAAGAAUUGGCCACUGGGCCUUUGGGAGGGUGGGGGGAGGUUGGUUUUCAUUAUUCAUGAGCUGGGUACUGAGAUAAGAAAAGCCUGAACUAUUUAUUAAAAACAUGACCACUCUUGGCUGUUGAAGAUGCUGACUGUAUUUGAGAGACUUCCACACAUAAUAUAUGCCUUCCUAGGGAACUGAAAUUCGUAAACUAAGAGAAACUGUGUAUAGCUUACCUGAACAGGAAUCCUUCCUGAUAUUUAUUGAACAAUUGAUUCCCCCACCCCCAGUUUAUGGAUAUGCUGCUUAAAACACGGAAGGGGGAGAGAGGAAGUUUUAGUUGUUCUAUCUAAACUGAGGAGUUGAGCUAGGAGUGCAUUAAUAAUUUUGCCAUUCGAAGAGAAACUAUGCUUUGUCCUGCAUUUUCUCCAAGUGAAGAUAGACUUUUUAAAAAUGGUGCCCUGCCAUUUACACACACAGAAAUUGGUGCAUAUUUUGUCUGUGCUGCUCUAUUUUGUCAAAAAGGUCUUGAGGGUUGACCGUGUUGCAACAUCAGCGCUGUUUUGGGAUGUCAUAUUUGAUGGGAUAAUCCAUCGUGGUGGGGAGGGGGGACUUACAUUGGCUCCCUAGAUUUACGCUGUUUCUGGGGCUCCACGUCUUGUAGCUCACCCCAGGCCUACAGCCUGAUGCCUGAGGCUUGCUGGAGCCACUGCCUUGUGGUUCAGUCUUGUGCUUUUAUUGAAAUACCAGUUCCUUUUUUUUUUUUUUUUAAAUUUGUUUUUGGACCAUAGCCAUUCAGGAAAGUAGCCUCCUCCCCUGCAGAGAAGUGAACAAUUAUGAGAAGACCUAGCAGCACCCUUCACCCCCCCUGCACCCCAACACCUUCAUUUUGAUGUUCAGGUUUUUGUGUUAAGUUAAUCUGUACAUUCUGUUUGCCAUUGUUAUCUUGUACUAUACGUCUGUAUAUAUCGUACGGCAAAAGAGUAUUAAUCCACUAUCUCUAGUGCUUGACCUUAAAUCAGUACAGUACCUGUACCUGCACGGUGGUCCAUGCCGUGAGUCGCCCUAUAUUGAGGGCUCAAGCUUCCCUUGUUUUUUGAAAGGGGUUUAUGUAUAAAUAUAUUUUAUGCCUUUUUAUUAUAAGUCUUGUACUCAAUGACUUUUGCCAUGGCAUUUUGUUCUACUUAUACUGUAAAUUAUGCAUUAUAAAGAGUUCAUUUAAGGAAAAUUACUUGGUACAAUAAUUAUUGUAAUUAAGAGAUGUAGCCUUUAUUAAAAUUUUAUAUUUUU